GACUGGCUUCCUGGACCUUCACGGCUAGCUUUACCUGGGGCUUUCUGAGGGUGAUGGCUCCUGCUGGCACUUGUUCCAGGCAUCCUUAAUCCUGCCAUUGGGUUAUUUGGUUAGACACCUCAGGCCCAGGGGACCUUGGUUCCCAGGGACAGUGUGCUUUCCGGUGAUUCCCUUGGCACAGCAGAAUCGCACCAUGCCAAACUACAAACUCACUUAUUUUAAUAUGAGGGGGAGAGCAGAAAUUAUUCGUUACAUAUUUGCUUAUUUGGACAUAGAGUAUGAAGACCACAGAAUAGAACAAGCUGACUGGCCUGAAAUCAAAUCAACUCUCCCAUUUGGAAAAAUUCCCAUUUUGGAAGUUGAUGGACUUACCCUUCACCAGAGCCUAGCGAUAGCAAGAUAUUUGACCAAAAACACAGAUUUGGCUGGAAAAACAGAAAUGGAACAAUGUCAAGUUGAUGCUAUUGUGGACACACUGGACGAUUUCAUGUCAUGUUUUCCUUGGGCAGAGAAAAAGCAAGAUGUGAAAGAACAGAUGUUCAAUGAGCUGCUCACAUAUACUGCGCCUCAUCUUAUGCAAGAUUUGGACACAUAUUUAGGGGGAAAAGAGUGGCUUAUUGGUAACUCCGUAACUUGGGCAGAUUUCUACUGGGAGAUCUGCAGUACCACACUUUUGGUCUAUAAGCCCGACCUGCUGGACAUCCAUCCAAGGCUGGUGUCUUUACUGAAGAAAGUCCAAGCCAUUCCUGCCAUCGCUAACUGGAUAAAACGAAGACCCCAAACCAAACUCUAGCUGAUCCAUGCUGCCUUCAAGUUUGUUUUCUUGGGUUGCAUCUCUCCCAUCAGAUAAGACAGCUACAUCACGUUGCCAGAUAUUUCACGUGCCCCCUCACCUGCUUCACCAAGAUUUUCACUUUAGCCAUAUCUGAUUUUAAAAAAGGAAAACAAAAGCAAAAAAAAAUCUUGCUUCACUAUCUUUUUCUUUGAGAAUAGCUUCACAGCAUUUAUAAUUGAGGAAAAACAGUAUGUAAUACCAACAGACCUUUCCAUGCACAGGUUCUAACAUGAAGAAACUGUAGUCAUGAUGGUUUAGCAACACCAUUCUUCCUCUCCUCCCAAAAAGGUUUGAACUUCAGCUACCACAAUUAACUGCAAUUGCAUAAAAUACAAACUUUGCUAGUAGCUCUCCAGUCCACAUUUCCCUACGUAAAUAACCUAUGUACAACAUGACCAAUGACCAGUCACUUCUUUCAAAGACGGCCAGUGGUCACUGCACAUCUGUUAUUCUUGCAUAGACAGCAAAGUGUGUAUUGCUAUUGCCUGCUUGUUGCCCAGUAAUAAAUCCCUUUGACAUUUUACGAAAAUGAGUAAUCAAAAGAGUGAACUCCCCAACAAAGAUUAAAGUGCAGCAAAGGAACAAAAUCUUUUAAUGCUGGAAUGAAAUUCAAACUGAACAUACAGUUAAAGAGAAAAGAGCUGACUGGGAAUCUGACACAGCUACAGUUCAAGAGGCUCCAGACAUGCAGCCAGAGGAACUUAUGAACUUACUAACAUGAUGUUGUUGUGACAAGAAAAAUGUAGAUAUCCCAGAGAUCAAGAGAAUGAGAAGACAAGCCACAGACUGGGAAAAAAUACUUGUAAAACAUGUAUCCAAUAAAAGAUUGUUAUCCAAAAUUAUACAAAUAACUCAUAAAACUCAACAGUAAGACAACAAGCUGAUCAAAAAAUGGGCAGAAGACCUCAACAGACACCUCAACAAAGAUACAGUAGCAAUAAGCAUAUGAAGAAGUGCCCAACAAAACGUCAUUAGCAAACUGCCAAUUAAAACAAGAUACCACCAUAUGACUAUCAUAAUGGCAAAAAUCGAAAACAGCAGACACCACCAAAUGCUGAUGAGGAUGUGGAGCAAGGGGAACUCUCAUUUGUUGAUGAGAAUAUAAAUGGUACAGCCACCUUGGAAGACAGUGACAAUUUCUUACAAAACUAAACAUACGCUUACCUUACAGUCCAGCAACUGUGCUCCUUUAUAUUCAUCUCAAAGGACCUGAAAACAUGUCCACAUAAAAACCGGUCCACAGAUGUUUACAGCAGCUUUAUUCACAAUUGAGAAGUCAAAAAUGAGAGGAGGAUGUGGGGAGAAAGAAAGAAAAGGAAAAGAAAACCCCAGAUAGGUAUAGAGGUGUUUGUUUCCUCUCAAUGUUUUAUGAAAUUGAAAAAAAUCUUAUUAAAUACUUUAGGCUAGGUGCAAUGGCUCAUAACUGUAAUCCCAGCACUUUAGAGACCAAGGCGGGUGGAUCACUUGAGGUCACGAGUUUGAGACCAAUGUGGCCAACAUGGUGAAACCCCAUCUGUACAAAAAUAAGCUGGGCAUCAUGGCAGGCACCUAUAAUCCCAGCUACUCAGGAGGCUGAGACAGAAGAAUCACUUGAACCCAAGAGGUGAAGGUUGCAGUGAGCCAAGAUUGUGCCACUGCACUCCAGCCUGGGUGACAGAGGGACUCUGUCUGAAACAACAACAAAACAAUAAAUAUAAAUUAUUAAAGAUUACACAUAAAAACAAAGUGAAUUUUCCAAGUACCCUGAUUCUUUGGAUCAAAUUUUCUUGUUAUUAGUGACUGUAAGUAAAUUAUAAUAAGUUGCAUGUGAAUCUCAUUAUAAAGCCCUCCAGUAUGUAAUCCAGGCAAUCCAAAGUAUUACCUUUAACAACAACAAAAAAAUGCAAAUAAUGCUCUCGAUAAUGAAGGUAAACUUUUCUUCACUCUUCCAAAUAAAUUUUCCCCACAUCAAGCUUUAAUGAACACAGAAUUAAGUAAAUGCUUAUACAAAAUUAUGAAAAUUCAAAAUAAGAUAAUCAGUCCUAUAUAUUUAUACAAAUCAUAAUUCAAGUAUAAAGUACCAUGGCAAGUUUCGUAAGGAAAUAUUUAGCAUUAUCAUAACCUUUAGGUAAUCUUUUUGCACGUAAGGACAACACAUUCCAUUAUUCUAUUGUGUAUCCAAAUUAUAUUUCUCCUUGCUGCUAUGCAAAGAGAAGGUGGUUAAGCAAGAGUAAAGCCAAACAGAAAGUAAACUGAAUAUUGAAUUUAUAAUUUUAAAAAUACAUUUUUGGGAAAACAGUUAAAAGGAUGAAUUCCUUAAAUAUAUGGACUGUGUCACACAUAAGGUCAUACAAAUGGAAACCAAAUCUCAUAACCCCAUCUCUCCACUACACAGUAAUACCAACUGUUAGAAACAAUAAUGUUUCAAAAUAACUAUCUAUGGGAAUAAAGUUACAAAUCAAUGAAUUCCCAAACAGUUAUAAAAAUGCAUAAGGCAUGUCUUCUUUGUGUAGCUUACAUUUAAAAAAUGCUUCAGUUGGUCAAGAUAUUACUCCAACUGUUGCUUCAUUUGCUCUUGUAGUGAUAAUGGGUUAUAAUAUUUACUGACAUCAGUCCAAUGAAGAAACCAAUGAGAAUACAUCCUAAGUAGUAAGUUCUAAUUUACAAACAGGCAAUAUUAAGCACAUAAGAUAAUCCCAUUUGUGCUCAAUAUUAUAUAUUUUUAAGGGUAAGAGGAGGGUUAGAAACUAUUAAAAAGGGUGUGAAGAUACAACUUAGGAUCACAAAUAUUUUUAUUAAGCCCAAGACAUAAUAGUGCAUUACAGGAAGAACCCAACUACAUUUCAUUAGAGAUAAAAUUAUGGAUAUAACAAUAACAACAAUAACAACAACAGCAAAAGAAACAGCCUAUCACUGAAAAUACAUUACUACAGAAAAGUUAUGAGAAAUCCAUUAUGAGAUUUUCAAAGGUAAUAUUCCUAACAAUUUGACUAAGUGAUUUGGGUAUGGUGAUGUACAAGGAGGUAGUAUUAACACAUGAAGACUCCUUUUAACCCUGUAAUGGCAAAAUAUAUUCAGUCUGUUCAAUAUACCAUCAAGACUGGGGUUAAGCCAUGAGUUAUCAGAGUCUUUAAUAUCUAAAUAAUCACUGUAAGAAUUUUAUUUGCUUUCCAAAUCCAGAGGGUCAUAUUACCUAACAUCUUAGCAAGUUAGGAUGCUUUGAAAAGUAUGAUUUCCAAAAAUUAACAAAUCGUUGAUUUAUAAAUAAGUUUAUUUAUAAUGAUAUUUACAUAAUAAAAACAAAACACAUGGAACUCACAAGUUAUACAAAGAAACUGAUGUAUAAUAAAAACAGCAAUAUAGACUGACAGGCAGAAAUAUAAAGAAAGACUUAAUAAAGAGUUAAAUAUCAAAUAGACAACUUCACUUCUAAAUUUCACUUUGUCACUCACACUGAAUUGGAAUUGAACAAUGGCUCUCUCUUCAAGCGGUCCUGUACUGGAAAUUCUGGAAACUGGUAAAAUAUAUUUUGAUUAAGAGUUUCAAGUUAACGACCUAUUUCCAUGCAGUACCUAAUGCUGCCUUUAGAUGAAGUCACAUUCAAUCUGCUUUGAAGUGAAAUAGCUUUAAGUAAUCUGUUCUGCCAGGCUAGAAAAAUGUCACCAACAUUCUGCUGAUGCAUGGAGAUGUGGCAGUAAUAAACUACUAUUUAGAGAGGAAGAGAAUUGGAGCAGAAGUGACUGGGCAACAGUUUCAAGAGAAGCAAAAGCCGGGAGAGGGAAAUCAAUGAAAACAUGCACAAGUUUAGGCAGAGUAAUAUGCACAAUCAGUGCAGUUGGAAAAUGAACAGAAGGAAUUAAUCCAUGGAGCAAGGUAAGGGCUUCUUUAGUUACUAUUCACUGGAAAACAACUUAGUGCCUAGCCAAAUAAAUUUGUUUCAGCAGAAGUACUUGAGAGGACCUGGGGGAUGUUAGUAUAUGGAAUGCCACCUUUAAAUUCAGGUUGAGUUCUUGCUGACAUUGGUGAACAUCUGCUUCAAAUAGCAAUAAAAUGAAAGCUAUAUAACCUAUACAGCUGCAUUCUUUAACAUAAUAAAAAAGAACUUCAAAUGAGACAAGCAAAAACAAGACAUAAGCAUUGUCAAAUAAGGCACAUGUAAAAAUCUACACACAUUAUCCAGUGAAAGACAAUAUAUAUAUAUUUGGAGGUAGAAAUAAUUACAAAAAUACUGACAUUUCUAAAGCAUUAGCAUAUUUGUUACAAACAAUCACCAACUAAUCCCCAUUCAGAAAACUGCUUUGUAAAAUGAUUAUUCAACAACUUCAGGACUACAUAUUUGUGGCUUUUUUUUUUUUUUAAUUUCACGUGUGAGUAUCUGGAGAAUUCAGUUAGUGGCAAAAGUUGUCCAUACUAUGAGAAAUGUAAUAUGGAAAUUAUAAAAAGUUAUAAAUGUUCAUAAACCCCAUGGUCAUCAUAAUGUAAAUGUCCUUGAGUGCACCAAGUUGAUAUUUCCUCAUCAAUUGAGAGCUCACAAGUCUUAUUUCACAGGCCCAUUGAUGUUUUUAGUAAUGUGGCUAUAUCUGCUGGCAUACUCCCUUCAUCACCUGCAGAUCAGAAAGUAGCAUUAAAAGCAUUAUAAAAAUGUUUUAUUUUAUAAGACAGAUUGUCUCAAUUUUUUUCCUUGGUGAAUUCUUACUCAUCUUUCAAGGGCUACGUUGCUUCAGGGUCACACCUGUUAAAAAACUUUCCUAAACUUUACUUAUAUUAGGGUCUUUUCCUCUGUGUUCUUGUUCAUAUUGCCAACAUAGAAAUCUAAGGUCAUGUUUCCAAUUUUAUAAAGCUAUAUAAAGAUACAUGAUAUACACUGGAUCAAUAUCUAAGUCAUAUAGCCCAUGGUACUUCUCACAUUUGCUAAAUAAAAAACAUUUAUGUAACAAACGAAGUAAAAAAAACAAAGACAAUAAAUGCAAACCUAAACAAACUCAAAUCUUAUUUAAUCUAAACUCUUAUUUUUUGAUCUAAAGAUACAAUCACUUAGACCCAAACUGUAUACAUAUAACAUUCUGAGCACAGCAUACCAUCUAAUGAUUAAUUAGCUACUUUAAAUUACCCUGUUUGUCCAAAUUUUGCCCUAUAUUUUAAUUAAACCCCAGUAUUUAUAAACACUUACAAGAAUUUUGAGAUUUUCUAAGUCCCCUUGUGUCACAGUGGCAGAUAAUCUAGCCAUCCCUGAUUAAUUCAUUUCAGCACUCAGAAUAUUUUGAGAUGAGCUGAUUUAUUAAUUUACUAGUUACAACAGCACAGCUGGCAAUUCACAAGUAUUUGCUGAUCUGUGAUAGAGCCGUAGCUAUGAAUAAUUUUAUAAAUUAGAUGUGGAUGAAAUGUAGCAAAACUAACCACUUCUCUUUCUCCCACUCUCUCACAAAUAUACACCUCAGUUACAAUCUAAAAUUAUGAGUACUUUUAUCCACUCUUUUUUCUCUGUUUAAAAAAAAAACGAAAAAACAAAUAACCACAGGAACACAAUAUAGUGUGCAUCAACUCUUAUGGAGUUCACUGACAUCCUUGCUUCCAAGCUCAUCCAUAUACUUGAAAAUAGCCCAUGAAAUUCAAAUUGACACUUUAUAAAUUACUAAAUGAACUGAUACCAUGUUAGGAAGAAUAAAGGGAGCAGAGGAAAGAAAGAAAAAAAUAAUGCGAUCCUUUUAAACUUAAAAGAUACUAAAGACAGAAUACAAGAAAAUGCAGUGUAUGAACUCUGAACCCUGGUGUUUUAAGAAAAGCUAUAAAAGACAUUACGGGGACAAAUGAGAAAAACCUGGAUAUGAGCAAUAUAUAAUAAUAUCUGAAAAAUCACUGUUUAUUUUCUUAGAUGCUAUAAUAGUAUUGUACCAACUUACAGGAAUUAUGCUGUGAUACUGAAAAUAAAUUACCAUGUUUACAGUUGACUUUAUUAUAGAUCAAUGGGAAAAAAGUAGAAAAACACGGCAAAUGUCAUUAACUGUCAAAUCACUGUAUUUUUCAUUCCUACUAUACUUUCAACAAUUAAUAAAGUAUAUAUACACACAUAUAUAUAUUUAUAGAGAUGGAGUCUUGCUAUAUUACCCAGGCUAGUUUUGCACUCCUGGGCUCAAAUGAUCCUCCUUCCUGUCUCCCCAAAUAAGCACUGUAAGCAUGAACCACAUGCCCAGUCACUGCUUUCAUUUUUGUAUGACUAUUUCUGUAAUAAAAAAAUUCAAAGAG